AUGGGGAGCCCCCAGCUUGUCCCGCGCCUGCCGGGGUCUGACUGCAGAGCACCACGGGGCCAGCCCCGUUGCUUCGGCUGCAAGGCCCUGGCGCCGGUCAGCGAGGUCCCGGUCUCAUUGCAGCCGAAGCAACUCCCCGAGAAGUGGCAGCACGACCUCUUCGACAGCGGCUUCGGGGCCGGGGCCGGCGUGGAGACCGGCGGGAAGCUGCUCGUCUCCAACCUGGACUUCGGCGUUUCGGAUGCGGACAUCCAGGAGCUCUUUGCGGAGUUUGGGACCUUGAAGAAGGCAGCUGUGCACUAUGACAGAUCUGGUCGCAGUCUAGGAACGGCAGACGUGCAUUUCGAGAGAAAGGCUGAUGCGCUGAAGGCGAUGAAGCAGUACAACGGGGUCCCCUUGGAUGGGCGCCCCAUGAACAUCCAGCUGGUGACGUCACAGAUCGACACGCAGCGGAGACCAGCACAGAGUGUAAACAGAGGUGGCAUGACCAGAAACCGCGGGGUCUCGGGGGGAUUUGGAGGUGGAGGCAACAGGCGAGGGACUCGUGGUGGGAACAGAGGGAGAGGCAGAGGAGCUGGAAGAACUUCCAAACAGCAGCUCUCUGCAGAAGAACUAGAUGCACAGCUGGAUGCUUACAAUGCCAGGAUGGACACCAGCUAAAGCGGCAGCAGUGGACACAGGGAAGGACUCCAGUCUUGCUCCACACUCCCGGCAGGGGCUGCAGCUGUGGCUACUACUACCGAGGAUGGGAUUUGUUUUACUUUUACGUUCUGGGAUAGGUUUUAACUCCUGUAAAGGUUUUUUUUAAUUCUCAGCAGACCUGUUUUGUACCGAGUUAUUUUUGGGAUAAAUUUUUCUGGUUGCCUGUUGGGCCAAGGUGGCUUUUUCACCUUUGCCGUAAUAAAAUAGAACCAUGUCUAGA